AGAAGCGACGCCUCUUCGGGGGGGAGAGGUUAAAGGUUAUUAAAGAAGAAGUCGAGAAACUCCUACAAGCCGGCUUUGUCAGAAGGGUAGAUUAUUGUGAGUGGGUCGCCAAUCCGAUGCUAGUGAAAAAAGCAAACAGUAAAUGGCGAAUGUGCAUUGAUUACACUAACCUCAACGAUGCAUGUCCAAAGGACUGUUAUCCAAUGCCAAACAUUGAUAAACUGGUUGAGGCAGCUUCGGGAAAUGAGAGAUUAAGUCUCUUGGAUGCAUACUCAGGCUACCACCAGGUCCCAAUGGCUCCUGAGGAUGAAGAAAAAACCUCGUUCUAUGUUGGCGAUGAGAUAUAUUGCUAUGUAAUGAUGCCCUUCGGUUUGAAGAAUGCAGGUGCCAUUUACCAGAAGAUGGUUACCAUCGUGUUCCGAGCUCAGAUAGGAUGGAAUCUGGAAGUAUAUGUCGACGAUAUAGUGGUGAAAAGUUUGAAAGCGGACGAUCACUUAACCGAUCUUGGGGAGACAUUCAACAAUCUCAGACAGAAUAUAAUGAGGUUAAACCCAGCCAAGUGCAUCUUUGGUGUGGAAUCUGGAAAAUUUUUGGGUUUUAUGGUUUCCAGGAGGGGGAUUGAGGUCAACCCAGAGAAGAUCAGAGCAAUUGCCGAGAUGGAACCGCCGAAGUCAGUAAAAGACAUACAGAGGUUGACUGGAAGGGUAGCAGCUCUUCAUCGGUUCAUAUCGAAGUCAGCAGAUAAGUGCCUACCAUUUUUCAAGAUUAUGAGCUCACCACCUCUACUGACUAAAGCCAAAGAUGGAGAAAUCCUCUAUCUAUAUCUGGGAAUUUCAGAUGAAGUCAUUAGUUCGGUUCUGUCUUACCUUAGCUCACCACCUCUACUGACUAAAGCCAAAGAUGGAGAAAUCCUCUAUCUAUAUCUGGGAAUUUCAGAUGAAGUCAUUAGUUCGGUUCUGGUAAGAGAAGAAGCUAAGCAGCAGAAACCAAUAUAUUAUAUCAGUAGUGUGCUGCAUGGAGUCGAACUGAGGUAUCCUAUAGCUGAGAAAGCAGCUUUAGCAGUCAUCACUUCAGCCAGAAAGUUGAGGCCGUAUUUCCAGUCGCACCCGAUCAUUAUUCUUACAGACCAACCCCUUCGGCAGAUUUUGCAAAAGCCUGAGUGUUUUGGAAGAUUAAUUAAGUGGGCAGUAGAACUGGGGGAGUUUGAGAUAACAUUUCAGCAGAAAUCUGCAAUCCGAGCUCAGGCACUGGCAGAUUUCAUUGUAGAGUGCACUCUAGGAGCUGGUGCUCUCUUGAUCGGCCUAGACGGAUGCCGAAGUGAACAUGCUUUGAAAUUUAACUUCGAUGCAACAAACAACAUGGCUGAGUAUGAGGCCCUGCUACUUGCCACGGGUGAUGGAGAUCAGCACCGACCCAAGCACACCGAGCUGGAAGACCCAAUCCUCUCUUUCUUACAAGACGAGAUAGUACCUGAGGACAGGCAGGAGGCAAUGAAGUUGAGAAGGAAAGCAUCUCGGUAUACACUUCUUGAUGGGGUCCUCUAUAAGCGAUCUUUCUCUUUACCUCUUCUACGGUGCUUGAAUCCAUAUGAAGCAGAAUAUGCACUUAGGGAGGUGUAUGAAGGUGUUUGCGGAAGUCACGUGGGUGCUCGAACUUUGGCUCAUAAAGUCCUUAAACAGGGUUAUUAUUGGCCAAACAUGUACAAGGAUGCCACUCACUUUGUUCAGAGAUGUUUGAAAUGCCAGUUCUUUGCGCACCUGACUCACCAGCCUGCAGAAGAACUCACUACUCUGGUAGCACCAUGGCCAUUUGCUCAGUGGGGAUUGGAUCUUUUGGGCCCAUUCGUGAAGGGGGUUGGUGGUGUAACCCACCUGAUUGUUGGUGUCGAUUACUUCACAAAGUGGGUUGAAGCUUGGCCAUUAUCCAGUCUUACUUCCAAGAAUGUUGAAGACUUUGUUUUUAGCUCAAUCAUCUGCAGAUAUGGGAUCCCGAAUCAAAUUGUGGCUGAUAAUGGAACUCAAUUUAACUGCACCUCUUUUCGAGAUUUCUGUUCCAGUUACGGGAUUAAACUGCAGUUCACCUCGAUUUACCAUCCAGAGUCCAAUGGCAUGGUCGAAUCUGUUAACAAGUGCAUCUUAGAAGGUAUAAAGCCGAGGCUGGAACAACACAAGGCCAAAUGGGUAGACGAGCUCAACAACGUCCUCUGGGCAUACAGAAUUACGAGUCGAACCGCCAUAGGUGAAACACCAUAUCAUCUGGCCUUUGGAACCGAAGUAGUCAUUCCUAUUGAGAUAGGAGUUCCAAGCUUCAGAGUCACCCAUUUCGAUGAAGGACGGAAUGGACAACUGCUUCGGGAGAACCUUGAUCUGCUUGAUGACCUCAGAGAAGAAGCACGACUUCGAACUCUAGUCUACAAGCAGAAAAUAGCAAACUUCUACAACAAACGAGUUCGACCCCAAACAUUCAAAGUAGGAGACCUUGUCCUCAGGAAAGCUGGUCUGACGGGGUUCGAAACUCGAUUCGGCAAGUUGGCACCAAACUGGGAAGGCCCCUACACUGUUGCUGAAGUGCCACAUCCAGGUGCAUAUAUCCUAUGGGACACUGAAGGCAACCGAGUUCCCAGGGUCUGGAACGUCAAUAAUUUAAAGAAAUUUUACCCUUAAUGCAUCUCUUUCUAGUAAACUUUGGCUCAUUUUUAUAUUCAUUGUUAUUCCAUUUAUGUCUGAACUCAAUUACUUCACAUCAUUAAUGAACUUUAUUCAGUCCUUUUAUUAGGACUUAUUCAGUCACCUCAUUUGUUGAGAUAUGAUUUUAAUACACUUACUUUUGAAGU